AUGGAAGUGCCAUUAGGGGAUAGUGAUAAGUUAAUGGUGGGUCCUGAGUAUGUAGAGUAUAAUGUUGAGUUAGCUAAUGAGAAAAUGGAGGCUAAUAGAGUAAGAACUGAUAAUCUUCUUGAUAUGUUGUUGAAAAAUGGAUUUUCGUGUUCGAAGACUAGUAAUGGGGACUUUUUAGAUAAUGGAAAUGUGGAAUGUGAUGAUGGUCCAAUUUGUUUUGAUACCAUGUUGAAGAAUUCUUUGGUUAAUGGUGUUAUUGGAAAUGGAAACGCUAAAAGAGGAGACUUUGAUGAUUCUUGUUCCUGAUACAUACCCUUGAAU